GGCGGCGCGGCAUCAAGCAGCAGCAGCUGCUGAAGUUUUGACUUAGCUCUUAAAGUCUUAAAAAAAGAAACAACCGGUUAUAUGUAGACGUUGUUACUGAAUGGCAUUAGAUGUCUCAGUAAGUUUGGUUUACUCAUCCGAGCUGAUGAAAAACAGCUUUCAUCGCGAUAUCUCAUGACUGCGAUGGCCUGCAGAUUAAGUGGCUUGUUCAGCAUUGGCGAGGACUUUGAUGAUGAGGACCUGCUGGGGACAGACUGGGCUGUCCGCUCAGCGUCUGGACCAGCUGAUGUGGCAGCUGCUGUGUCAUCCUGCGCUCUGCGUGCCUCCUCUGCUGCUCACAGAGAGCCGGAGAAAAAUUGCCUUCAGCUAACUGGAGAGAGAUCAGCUGCCCUGUGUAAUGGCGCAGCGAGGAGCAGCACGCACACUGCUGCUGGAGAAACUGUUGCUCUGGGUUUGAGACAGCUCUCCUCCUCCUCCCUUCAGCCUCGCUCCCCCCGUCCUCAUGCACUGAAUGACUUGGCAUCACGACAGAGUGGUGCUAACACAGAGGGGCCGAUGAAGCCCUGUGCAGCUCAGGAUGAUUUUGAUGAUUGGGAGGUUGACCUGGCAGACCUGGAUGAGUGUGACCGCCAGAUGGGGCAGCUGCUUCCACCUCCUGCUCCAGCAGCCCCGCCGGCGCCUGCGGUCAAUCCUACAUCUUCAGCCAAAUCGCUGCGACCUUCAACCUGUGGCGAGAUUCAGACACGACCCGGUCAGAGCCUGAGAGAGCUCAGUACUGCACGCCAGGCUUCUGGCUCAUCUACUCAUAGCCCACCUCCUCAGACAUUCUCCACCCCUCUGCGUUCUUCUAAUACCUGUCCCACUUCCUGGUCAGCCCCUGCACAGAGUCCUGGUGUUUUGCCUGGUCUUACUACGACUGUCCCUGCCCCCAGCCCUAUAUCGCGGACUCUCAACAGACCCCAGCACCCACAGAGACCAUGGGCAACUCCAGGAACCCCCCCUCAGGCACGUGGCCUCUUUGAGACAAUAUCCUCAGCACCUUCCUCCUCCUCUUCCUCCCCAUCUGUGUGCCCCUCGACUCUGAACCCUCUUCACACUCCGGUCCUCACCAACCGCCUGGUUCAGCUGGUAUCUGCCUCCAGUAAGCUUCCCAAGAAGAGGCCUCGCUCUGAGUCUCACCGGCCCAGAACCAGACGCUUUCCCGGCCCUGCUGGACUCCUGCCGGAGCAGCCGCAGGGUCACAGCCUUGACAAAAUAGUCGUUUGUGUUCCUCUGACUCCUGCUCACGGCGCUGUGGCCCGUUUGCCAAGCCAGGCUUCCAGCUCACAGACUGAGGAAGACGACUUCAGCGGCCGCGCCUGGGCGGCGAUGAAGGCCGAGAUGGGAUUGGAUGAGAGGAACCCCUCGUGCUUCUUGCACUCCUACAGUGUCGUCAUGGUACUUCGAAAGGCUGCACUGAAACAGCUGGCAAGGAACAAAGUGCCCAACAUGGCCGUGCUGCUGAAGAGCAUCAUCCACACACACGCUGAUGCCAAGGCCCUGUUUAAAGACCCAACCGGCGAGAUUCAGGGGACAGUGCAUCGACGUCUCCUGGAGGACCGAGCGGAGGAGCUGAAGGUCGGAGCUGUUCUGCUGCUUAAACAAGUCGGAGUGUUUUCCCCCUCCCAUAGAAACCAUUAUUUGAAUGUGACGCCCAACAACCUGCUGAGGAUCUACGCGCCCGACGGAGUCCCUCUGUCCUCCACUCAGCUCCCGCCGCUCGUCCUGGAGCCGCUGUCGCCGUUUCCCGCUCAGGCUCCCGGCGUCCUCCGGGAGCCCGUGUCUCGGAUGCAGCUGGUGUUUGACGAGGAAGAUGACGAGGAACAAGAUGGGGGGAAAUGUGCAGACAGAAGUGAAGACCUCCAAACCUCAAGAGACACUAAAGCUGGAUCCAGCAGAUGCCCCCAAGAGCCUGCUGGGAAACCAGCACCACGGGAACCAGGGUGGGAUUCAGAUGAUGACCUGGAUGAGCUCCUGGGAGAGUUACCUGAGGACACCUACAGCCUCUGAUGUGACAAACCGUCUCCACUGACUGGAGUUGUUUCGUGACUGACUGACUGACAAUAAAGUUAUCGUCUUUGAAUUCUCUGACCGCCAAAGAACUGAAAAUAUGUAUUCGCUGUGGUUUUUGUUUUCUGUCUUACAAGAAGUUGUCAAAUGAAGUCAACACAUGCUCAUUAAUUAAUGGCAAAAGUCAUAAAAAAAUAAGUUUGAUUUCAGCUCCACGUCUUAUAUCGUUGUAAAGAGCAUAAUUACUGUGUGUGUGUUUGUAACACCUCACUUUUCUCUCAUUCUUAUCCACUGUUGCACUUUGCUUCAGUGACCUUGAAAUGGAGGACUAAUCUACACAGCGCUGAUUUGCUAAUUAUGCAGAAUAAAAGCGAGGUGAGACCUCUUCGUGUGCUGUA